AUGCCCAAAAGCCUGAGAUCAAUAUUAGGGACAUCGAAUCGCGUAACAAAAUCACCCCGACAGCCUACAGCACGUCGCGCCGACAAUGGCGAGUCGUCACCGCGCAAAACGAAGCUAAAACGCCAGAUUGAUGACGAGCUUUUCCAAGAGAAGCUGACUGAUCUGGGCGCUAUCAAACUAAUGGAAGAGGACCUAACCCUGCGAGAUGUUGUCCAGGCUAUGAGGUACAUUCGGCAAAAGAUGUUUACAAGGGUUCCAGAGACUGGGUUUAAGUCGACGCGGUCAGUCGAGAUUCUCAACUAUCGGCUCACCAUACCGGCUAUUAUCACCGUUGGACAUCUCAACGCCGUGCUCUCAUCGCCUAGCUUAGUCGAAAGAGAAAUGGCGGAACUCAUUAGCAAAGGAAUACUGAGAAAAGUGCGCGUUGAGAGACGAGGAAACGCAGGAGAGGCGUUGAUCGAACUCUCUGACCUGUUUGAGAUGAUGAACAAGACUCGACUGGGAGACGAUGCCAAGGCUGGAUUUAUAGCCUUUCUAAAGGCUAACCCAACAUCACAAACAAUGUCUAGACAGGCCCUUCCGCCGGCUCACUUUGACGAGCUUGUUCGGGCUGGGUUCCUCACGAGUAUCUCAACGCGCGCCACACCGGCUACGACACUACAUGUUCGUCCGGAAGACCGUACAACACUCACUUCCAUAAAGCACGUUUCGCAAUUUGCAUCGGGGACCGUCUCGGCUGUUGGGGGCCAGAAUAUCAUUCACAUGGCCGGCGGAGGCGGCGGUGGACGCGGGUUCACGCUCAGUCAAGGGUCGGAUGUGGAAGCCGACUUUCGCAUAGCAGUCCCGGGCCAUGGCCGGUACCUGAAACUAGCCGAGGCCGCGGUGGACUGGAUACGAGAGAUGCUUGCAAAGACGAAAUGGGGAGAAGCACCAGAAGAAUGGCUACGGGAGAGGUUUGAAGGGGGAGGCUUAUAUGGGACGCGAUGGAAGGAGUUUUGGGGCGUAGAAUGGACUUGGGCUAUUGGGCAAGCCAUUGGCUUGGGCGUAGUGGAAUUAUUCGAUACUGGGAGUGUUGGAAAAGGCGUACGGGCUUUAGCACUGUGA